CCCUCUGAGCCGGUUCUUUCUUUGCCCGGAGUCUAGCGCAGCGCCAGCGCCGCCGGUCGCCAUUGGAGCCCGCUCUUGGUCCGAUAGCGGAGCCAUGAAGAUCUGGAGCUCGGAGCACGUGUUCGGACACCCAUGGGAUACAGUUAUCAAAGCUGCUAUGAGAAAAUACCCUAAUCCCAUGAAUCCUUGCGUGGUAGGAGUAGAUGUGCUAGACAGAAGCCUCGAUAACCAGGGAAGAUUACAUAGUCACAGACUUCUCAGCACAGAGUGGGGACUACCAAAUAUUGUAAAAGCGAUUUUGGGAACAAGUAGGACUCUGACAUACAUUAAAGAACAUUCAGUGGUAGAUCCAGUGGAAAAGAAAAUGGAACUCUGCUCCACCAAUAUUACUCUCACAAAUUUGGUGUCAGUUGAUGAAAGACUGGUGUACACGCCUCAUCCUGAAAACCCAGAAAAGACAGUGCUAACUCAAGAAGCAAUUAUUACAGUAAAAGGCGUUAGCCUGAGUAGUUACUUAGAAAGUUUAAUGGCUAACACAAUAUCCUCCAAUGCUAGAAAGGGUCGAGAUGCACUGGAAUGGGUGAUUGGCAAACUAAACAUAGAGUUUGAGGAACUAACAUCAUCCACACGGGAGAGCAUGAAAUCUGGAAUGGCAGCAGCAUCAGCAGAGAACUGAAACAGCAAAGCACCAAGGAAUUGUGACAGAACAACUUUUUAUCACAGAACUUUAUUUCCUUAGGUCUCUUCUCUAUGGCUGAUACUCCACAGUCUUUUUUGUAUAUGUUUUAGGAAUGAAGUUAUUUUUCUAGAUCUCUUUCUAGCCUCCAUAUCACCUUGUCUGAUGAAUGAAGACUAAUAUGAGCUCUCAUUUCCCCCACCCCCUUUUUUUAUUUAAAUAACCCCAUGUUAUGUAGCUAACUGAAACACAGUCUUUCUGGCAGUUCUUUAAA